AUGCCUGAAGUAUCAAGAGUUGUGCGCAGCUCUUAUCAUGACCGAGACCGAGAGGUCGAUUAUUAUUCCUCCGAUGAUGAGCGGUCAUCUCAUAGUCGGUCGAACCCAAAUGGUAGUGCGUAUCGCACUGUUCAACGUUAUCGAGUCACACCUGGUCGAGUCGACGAAGUAGAUGAUACACGAUCAGUUCGUUCCUCUCACAAGGAGUACGAAAAUCGACGAGGGGAUCGAAUUGAAGUGGAUCGUCGAGUCGAAAUUGAUCACGAACGUGAGCGAUAUGACCCUGAGCCACGACGAACGGAGCGUAUUGAAGUGGACAGAAGAGUUGAGGUUGAUCGCGAAAGAUAUGAACCAGAGACGAGACGAACGGAACGCAUAGAAGUCGAUCGACGAGUUGAAGUUGAUCGUGAACGAUACGAACCCGAAAGACCUCGAUCACCUGCCGAAUAUGAUCGAGCCGUCGAAUACCAGAGAACGACAGUUGAGCGAGCUAGAGAACCCGAACGGGAACGAGACCGCACUAGGGCAGUAGUUUAUGAGCGGGAGCGGGAACGAAGUGUUAGCCCCUUACCUUGGGAUCGACACCGCAAUGAUAGACCAUGGGAGACAGAACGGGAUGUUCGGGAGACCCGCGAGACUGAUGUUACAGUCGAAAAAACAAUAGCACGACGUCAUAAUGAACCAUAUGAACUCGAAAGAUACUCGCGAGAAACCGAAUACUACGAUCGACCAGAACCUACCCCACCACCGAUUAUCAUUCGUCAACGAGCUCCAGAACCCCAACAAAUUAUUGUGCAAGAAGCCGCUAGCCCCGCUCCAAUUAUCAUACCACAGCUUGUACCAGAGACACAACGAGUUGAAGUUAUUGAGAGGAAGACAGAAAUACAACAAGAAAUCAUCCCACGACCCGAACCACGUAGGGAAGACGACGAAUAUUAUUAUCGCCGAGAUGUUCGUGAAGUUGGUGGAAGAAGAGAACGCGAUGAUGAGAUUGUUGCAUAUGAUCGCAGAGAUGGUCGGUAUGAUGAUGAAUAUGACAGUGAAGGAUAUGUUAUACGAAAGAAGGUUAUCAGAAGAGAGGCGCGCAGUCGAAGCCACAGUCCACAUCAUAGAAGACAUUUGGCAGAAGGCGCUCUAGCCGGGGCUGGUGCAGCUGCCCUUUUGGCAAGUCAUAGGGAGAAGCAAGGAACUGAAACAGCUCAUCGUGGCAGAUCAGUCAUUGGUGGGGCUGCUUUGGGUGCGAUUGGUGCUGAAGUUGUGACAAGAGCACGCAGCCGAUACCGCGAUAGUCGGGAAGACAUAAGCAGGUCAAGAUCAAGCAGUCCACAUGAUCAUCGCAAAUUGAAGACAGCUCUGGGUCUGGCAGCUGCUGCCAUUGCUGCGGGAGCUGCUGUUAAGUAUGCCAAGAAUCGAAGUGCAAACAAAGAAGAAUUGGUUCGCGGCCGAAGUCGACAAAGAAGUGUUUCUCAUGGUCGACGUUAUUCCGAUGGGGAUGAAUAUUGGUCCGAUGAAGAGUACGAAAAGCGUACUACGAGAACGAGGAGUAGGAGCAGGAGCAUACAUGCUGAUCCAGCGCAUCGAAAGAAGUCUAUGGCAAAAGCUGGAGCUGGAGCUGCCAUAGUCGCUGGUGUCGCAGAGCACUAUCGAAACAAAUCUCGAAAGCGUAGCGGUCAACGAUCACAAUCACGAGUACGAACUGCUGCGGAGAUCGCCGGAUCAGGUCUUGCAGGUGCAGCAGUGGCUGGAUUAUAUGAGAGUAGAAAAGCGAAGCAGGAUGCUGCAGAAGAUGAUGUGCAUGAGAGACGGGAGAGAAGGAGGAGCAGAACUAGGAGUAUAACUAGGAGUAGAACUAGAAGCAGGUCGAGAGCCAGAUCCACCGGAGUAUAUUCUGAUCCAGGUGUUGACCCAGAAUUAGGCAUGGUUCAGUACGGUACUGAACCCGUAUACACGCACCAGCAGCCAGCACCAUACGAUCGACCAAACGAACACGACCCAGCUGUCGCAGCGGCCGCAGCUGGGGCUGCUUACGGUGCUACCACACGUAGUCGAAGUCGAUUCCAUCGACGCAGACGACAUUCAUCGAGCGACGUCGAAGAGCGACCACGAUCACAAAGUAGAAGCCGGAGCAGAGUUCGAGAUCUAGCUGCUGGUGCGUUGGGUACGGGUGCGGCCGCUAUUGGGAUCAAUGAGUAUAGAAAGAGAAAAGAUAAGAAGGAAAAGAAAGAAAAAAAGGAUGCAGAGAAGCAUGAGCGUGAGCGCGAACGAAGACGCUAUGAAGACGAAUCAUCACCUGAGAGUUACUACACUAAUUUCCGUGAUGAAGGAUAUUCUCCUUCGCCGCCUCACGCUUCCGGUGGUUCAUACUACCCUGAUAACAUUCAAUUCCCACCACCUCCUGCCUCAGCCCCAGAAGGUUUCACUCAUCAUGGAAACCAUUCUACACCCUUUAUUAAUGAAACCCCUCCAAUACCACCCUACAAUCCUCAAGAUUAUGCAGGUCAACGUGCUGCAGUUCAAGAUCCUCAUGUCAAUUACCCACCUUCAUCCAGAGCUCCUGGUGACAAUGUGAGUGCUUAUCAAUCUUCGAAUUCCGAACCUAUUAUGACAGUACCUCCCCAUACAAGGGAGGAAUCUUACUUCCCUUUUCAUGAAGCCUCUCCACUUGAAACUGAUCACGUUUACGACCGGGAGGAUCGUCUAAAUUCUUUAACGCCUACUUACCCCAUCUCUCCAAUCGAACCCGCUCCCUCCAACAAAUCCGUCAUGUUUGCCCCUCUAUCCCCCACAUCCUCCCGUCGCUUAGAACGUAUCCACAAUGCCAAAGCAGCUCAAUCCUCAUCCACAGUAAAUACAUAUGAACAACCAAUCCCCUCUACUGACCGUCAUCAUCGCCGAAGGAGAAGACGCAACUCGGAUCCUUCUUCAAAUCGUCCUUCGAGACCGAGGAAACAUCAGAAACAUAGAAAGGAGAGGAAUGAUGAGAGUGGAAGUGAGAAGAGUGGAGAUAGUGAUAGAGAUGAGGAUGUUGAAGUGCUUCCGAAAAGGUUUAAUGAGGAUGGGAGAUUGUUGAAUGGGAGUACAAAGGGAAGUAGGGAUCAGAGUAGGGAUAGGGAUAGGGAUGCGACGAGAGAUAUUGCAAAGGAAUUCGGAGGUGGAAAUGAAAUGGUUGAGAAGGUUGUGAGGGGUGUGGGGGAGGUGGUCGCGGGAAAACAAACGUGGAGUGAGUUAUUGCUGGGACUCGUUAAGGAGGGGGGGUUGGCGGGUGGUUCGUCUAAAGAUCUAUCGGGAGAUGAGAGAGAUGGGGAUAGGGAUAGUGAUAGGGAGAGGAAGGAGAGGAGGGCGAGUAGGAGCAGGGGGAGGGAAAGGGAUUAUUAA